AUGGCCAACAUAGAAGAGAUGAUGGGAAGGUUUUUUUUAUUUGGCAAGAUGUACAGUGUUGAGUUACGAGAGAAAAGCUUUGAUAACUGGCCUUUUCGAGAAGACUGCAACUGUACACCUGAAAUGAUGGCCAAGGCUGGCUUUGUGCACUGCCCCAGUGAGAAUGAACCUGAUGUCGUCAGCUGUUUCUUCUGCCUUAUUGAGUUGGAGGGCUGGGAACCGGCUGACGACCCCUGGUUUGAACACACAAAACGCUCGCCUUCUUGUGAAUUCCUUCUCAUGGGGAAAGAUUUCAGCGAUCUGACAGUGGCUGAGUUCUAUCGCUUGGAAUUGGCGAGGGUGAAGAUCUACGUUAGAAAACUGAUUCAUAGGAAGAUGGAAUGUCUACGGGAUGCAAUAGAUGUGACCCUGAAAGACAUUAAUUCUCAACAGAAUUCUAUAUGA